UAUUUAAACAAAUAUUUUGCCACCACUUGGUAGUUAUAUAGAGCUGUUUGGUUAUCAUUUUACUUUCCCCCGAUUUUACAAAAUCAAAACCCAUAUCCAUGUCAAUAGGGUUUCUAUGAACCACCGCAAUCGGUAUGAAUACAAGGAGAUCAAAAUGUUCACACAGCCGCUGAAUCUAGUGCAGCAGCUCCAUCAAAGAACCCAAAAGUGCACCGUGGGGUGUCCCGUGCUUGAUCGCUGCCUCAACGGCGGCCUACCCACUAAUUCAAUAACCGAACUCGUCGCCGAAAGCGGAGCCGGCAAAACCCAAAUCUGCCUCCAACUCGUCCUCUCGGCUCAGCUUCCACCUUCCCACGGCGGCCUCUCCGCCUCCUCUCUCUACAUAUUCACCGAGUCCCCUUUCCCCGUCCGCCGCCUAAAACAGCUCUCCCGCUCUCUCCUUUCAUCUCACCCCGAUCUUCUCCGCUCCGACCCGCUCUCCCGCGUCUUCCUCCGUGGGAUUUAUUCCGCUGAGAAAUUCGUUAAUCUACUGCCAGACAUUGAGAUUUUUCUUACUUACUGGAAAUCACGAUUGUUACCUGUCAGGGUAAUCGUUGUUGAUUCUAUUGCUGCUUUGUUUAGAUCUGAAUUUGAUAACUCUAGAGUGGACCUUAGGCGUAGGUCAUCACUGUUUUUCAAGAUUUCCGGUGGAUUAAAAUCGUUGGCGGAGAGGUUUGGGUUGGUUGUGGUUGUUACGAAUCAAGUUGUUGAUUUGAUGAGUGAGGGAGAGAAUGGAGUGAGGAUUGGGAAUUUGAGUGAGAUGUAUUCGUCUGGGCGAAGGGUUUGCCCGGCGUUGGGUCUUUCGUGGGCGAAUUGUGUGAAUUCUAGAAUGUUCUUAUCGAGGGAUGAAUAUGGGGAAAGUAAAAGGAGAAGGAUCAGUGUUGUUUUUGCUCCUCAUUUGGGUCAAUGUUGUUCUGAGUUUGUUAUUGCUGGAGAUGGUGUUUUUGGUGUAGAGAUGAUGGGGCAAAGGAAUGUAUGAAUUGUUGUUUUUAUGUGCUUGUGUUAUAGAUGAUAAUUUAAAAAUGUAUGUAUGUAUAAAUAGAAUAGGAUAGAAAAGAAUGUUGUUCAAUGUUUUGGUUGCUCAUUCUCUUCAUAGUCUAACUUUAUUUUGA